AGCCCAUGCGCAGGCGGGAGGGCGGGGCAGGGCCCGGAGGCUGGGGUACCGCCUCCUCUGCAACGCCGGGCCCGGAGUCUCAGAACCCAGGGCCCGCAAGGGUCCUCGCGCGACUGCCGUGAUGCAGAAAUAUGAGAAACUGGAGAAGAUUGGGGAAGGCACCUAUGGAACAGUGUUCAAGGCCAAAAACCGGGAGACUCAUGAGAUUGUGGCUCUGAAACGGGUGAGGCUGGAUGACGAUGACGAGGGCGUGCCGAGUUCUGCCCUUCGGGAGAUCUGCCUACUCAAGGAGCUGAAGCACAAGAACAUCGUCAGGCUCCAUGACGUCCUGCACAGCGACAAGAAGCUGACUUUGGUUUUUGAGUUCUGCGACCAGGACCUUAAGAAGUAUUUCGACAGCUGCAAUGGUGACCUAGAUCCUGAAAUUGUGAAGUCAUUCCUCUUCCAGCUGCUGAAAGGCCUGGGCUUCUGUCACAGCCGAAACGUGCUGCACAGGGACCUGAAGCCUCAGAACCUGCUCAUCAACAGGAAUGGGGAGCUGAAACUGGCUGAUUUCGGUUUGGCUCGCGCCUUUGGGAUCCCCGUUCGCUGUUACUCAGCUGAGGUCGUCACGCUGUGGUACCGCCCACCCGAUGUCCUCUUUGGGGCCAAGCUGUACUCCACGUCCAUCGACAUGUGGUCAGCCGGCUGCAUCUUCGCAGAGCUGGCCAAUGCUGGGCGGCCCCUCUUUCCUGGCAAUGAUGUAGACGACCAGCUGAAGAGGAUCUUCCGACUCCUGGGCACGCCAACCGAGGAGCAGUGGCCCGCCAUGACCAAGCUGCCAGACUAUAAGCCCUACCCGAUGUACCCGGCCACAACGUCCCUGGUGAACGUCGUGCCCAAGCUCAACGCCACAGGGAGGGACCUGCUGCAGAACCUGCUCAAGUGUAACCCGGUCCAGCGCAUCUCGGCGGAGGAGGCCCUGCAGCAUCCCUACUUCUCCGACUUCUGCCCCCCCUAGGCUCCAGGGCUGGGGGCCACACUUGACGCCCCCUCUGGGGAGGGGGUGAAAGGCAGGGAUGCGCUGUGUGCCGAGCUCCAGCUGUGCUGGGCCGGUCAGGGUGGAGGUGCCCUCACCCGUGGUCUUCACUCCCUCCGUGGACUUUAUUUAAUUUCAUAAAUUGGCUCCUUUCCCACUGUC